GAGCACCAGGGAGGGGCUGAGGGGGGUGUAUGGUCUGCUGAGGCAGCAGGUUCUCAGAUGGGUCAUUUUGUAGCUUAUAUGUGAGGAACACAAAGGCAGCAGGAUUACUAUGUUGAGUGGAUGCAUGGAUACACAUACAUACUGCACGCACACACACACACACACACACACACACACACACACACACGUGAUCACAGAGCCCGGUGGAAAGUCUCUUUUCUCCAUUAAAGCAGUGGGGCCUGGACGUGCAGCAUGUGUGCAGCUGACUGUCAACAUUAAACGGCUUCAAACUGCUCAAGUGCACAUCUGUAUGUCUGAAAAAGGGGCAACAGUGCUGUCAGAGACAAAUGCAAAGAUCCACUCGGAGAACCACAGACUGCUACUGAAGAAGCGGCUCUCUUUAGAGGCUCAACGCGUCUUAAGCAUACUGGAAACCUGCAUCAGUCGAGUUGAGAUUGCAGCAGCUCUGCCAGCGGCUCUUCGGUUGAACAGUGAGUCUAGUGUUGUGGACAAGGAGUUGAGCAGGGCACUUCGAGAGCAUCAGAUAUUAGUUGAAAGGCUGGAGACGUUAGAAGGUCUCAAGCAGGAGUCAGAUGGGGAACAAGAGGGAGAAGCAAGGAAGAGAGCAAGGGCUCAGCUUGAGAAGGACAUCAAGAACUCUGUCAGGGAUCUGCUCAGGCUCGUCCGAGGCCAUCCUGAUGCCAUUUUUAGUUUGAGGGCAGAGCUAGGUAUGGAAGAGGGAGAGAGUGAGUCUGUACUUAUUAGAGUGCUGCAGCAGUUUCACAGCAAUAUGAUAGAAAAGCUGCUGACCAGUCUGGAUGACGAGCUACAGCUGGCUAAGCUCUCCAAGCAGGUGAUCUCAGACCCUGCCUACCAUCUGGAGGAAAUAGCUUUACAGGAAAAAGAAGUUGCUGAAUCCUUAAAGACAGUAGAUACAGAGAUGUAUGUGCUAAAUAAUGCCAUAGAAAAAAUGCAGAGUUCUCUGCAAGGGAAAAACCUACAAGAUGCAGAUAAGUCACUGCUUGCAGAAAAGCAGUGCCAGUCACAUAUCAAGACAUCAAAGGUGACGCAGGCCAGUACACAGCAGAAAAUUGACCAACUGAACAUUCAGCUCAACAGUUUGAUCCUGGAAAACAGACAGACAGAGAGAGUGCUCCAAGAGAAAAUCGAAAAGGUGGAGAUAGAAAUUGAAUGCCUCCUCCAACAUUUUGAUGAUGAAAUAAAAGAAAAACAGGACAAACUGGAGUUGAAUGAAGUGCACUAUGAACGGGAGGAGAAGGAGGUGAGGAAGCUGGAGAAACCCUUUUCUAUCCUCGAGGUGGAGUGCAACCAGAUCCUGGAGAGGCGCCGGCUGGCGGAAGAGAAGAGAAAGGAGGAGAUGAGGGACCUGGAGCUGAAGACCAAAGCUGCUAUUAUGGCCCAAGCCUGGUGGAGAGGCUUUAGUACUCGCAAGGCCUUAAAGAACAAGGACAAAGGCAAGAAGGGCAAAAAAGGCAAAGGCAAGAAGACCAAAUAAACCCCUGUUCAGUCUUAUUACUCUGGUAUUUCACAGACACUUUACCUAUAGAGCAUAAAUGUAUUUGGGUGUUUCAUAAAAAAAAUAAUCUGUUCAGCAAAUAUAAAUGCCUUGUUUGUUUUUGUUUUUAGUAUUUUAUGUAUCAAACAAGGAUUCACUACUUUUGUGAACUACAGAACUGAAAGAA